GAAAAAUGGCGGACGGUAUGAAUGUUGGAGUAAAUUUAGAAGCUUUUUCACAAGCAAUCAAUGCCAUUCAAGCACUCCGGUCAAGUGUAACAAGAGUUUUCGACUCACUGAAGGAUGGAAUGAAAAACAAGGAGACCCUGGAAGGAAGAGAAAAGAUAUUCAUCACCGAAUUUCAAGAUAAUUUGCAAUCAGUCAAUCGUGACUUGAAUGAGUUGGAGCGUCUCAGCAAUCUGGUUGGCAGACCAUCAGAGAGCCAUCCCUUACACAACAGUGGAUUGCUCAGCUUGGACCCUGUACAGGACAAAACUCCUCUCUACAGUCAGCUCCUUCAGGCCUACAAAUGGUCCAACAAGCUGCAGUACCACGCGGGAUUGGCCUCCAGCCUGCUGAACCAGCAGUCACUCAAGCGCUCAGCCAAUCAGAUGGGACCUUCUGCCAAGAGGAGGCCCAAAGUCCAGCCUAGUGCCCUGGUCCUGCCACCACAGUACGUGGACGAUGUGAUCACCAGGAUUGGGCGAAUGUUCCCGGACAUGACGAUCGAGCUUUUCCGCCCCAACGGGACCUCCGCAGUGCUUCUGGUGACGUUGGGUAAGGUCCUGAAGGCCAUCGUGGUAAUGAGGAGUCUGUUCAUUGACCGCACCAUCGUCAGGGGCUACAACGAGGAUGUGUACUCGGAGGACGGCAAGCUGGAUAUCUGGUCCAAGUCCUGCUACCAAGUCUUCCAGAAGGUGACUGAUCACGCCACCACUGCUCUGCUGCACUACCAGCUGCCCCAGAUGCCUGAUGUGGUCGUGCGCUCCUUCAUGACGUGGUUGCGUAGCUACAUCAAGCUCUUCCAGACCCCGUGCCAGCGAUGCGGGCGCUACCUGCAGGAGGGCCUCCCUCCCACCUGGCGGGACUUCCAUGCCUUUCAGUUCCGACAUGUGCCGCCAGUGAUGGAACGGAACACUGACUGA